CCCUCAAUUCACCACCAUCAAAUUAAUUCCCACCAUUUUCUCUCUCCUCUGAAACCCUCAUUCUUCAGUAACCAAAUCUUCAUCUUCAAACUUAACAAUGUCAGGCCGAGGAAAGGGAGGCAAAGGUCUUGGAAAGGGCGGCGCAAAGCGUCACAGGAAGGUGCUACGUGAUAACAUUCAGGGUAUCACUAAGCCUGCCAUUCGUCGUUUGGCUCGAAGAGGUGGUGUGAAGCGUAUUAGUGGUCUUAUUUAUGAAGAGACUCGUGGUGUUCUUAAGAUCUUUCUAGAGAACGUGAUUCGUGAUGCUGUUACUUACACUGAGCAUGCGAGGAGGAAGACUGUUACUGCCAUGGAUGUUGUUUAUGCUCUUAAGAGGCAGGGCCGUACUCUCUACGGUUUUGGUGGUUAGGGUUUAUGUUUUAGUUUAAUUGAUAAAAAGUAUUGGAUGUUAUGUAAAUUUCUGAUGUUGUGUUUUCAUUUUGAUGGAGAAAUGAAUGAAAGUGAUUUCCUCUGAAUUUGAAUUUUA